AUGUUUAAGGGUCAUGACGAGGACGCGGACGCCAUGGUCACUGACUGUUAUGGUUAUGGUAGGUAUGCUCAGUUUCUUUUGGUCUGGCCAAUGGUCGAGAUCCGAAAGAAGCUCCGUCCUGAUCCCGCGGGCUUUGACUCUGCGCGUCUGCGAGGGCGCAGUAGUGGCCCGUGGGGCAGGAAGCGGGAAGCCGGGGCUUUGCAAGGACAGGCGCGGUGGUCGGGUGCCGAAUUGGGAGUAGUACCACUGACUGUACCAGCUGAAACAUGCAUGAUCAAUGCCAACGCCAACGCCAGCGCCAGAUCCAAAUCGAUCUACGGAGGUACAGCGGUUAAGUGUCGUAACCCUCGUCGACCCACAGCCACUUUUUCUAACCUAGUUGGGCUCGGUUCAGAUGAAGUUCUUCCAAAUUCCGCGCUUAGCGAUCACGUUAUUGCCCAAGGUCCUCGUGGCCGCCUUAUCCUGUCUGAGCUCUGCCCUGGAAAGAAAGCCUGGGUUAAAGAUAGUAGUCGGAGGAACUUUCUGAAACGGCGGGUCAGUACGGAGUUGCAACUUGCUGGCAAAGCACUAUCUAUAGACAAGAGAAAUGAAGUAGGACUGCCGAAACGAAGAAAAGAAGCCGAAUGGAAGGCUGCAUGGAAGGCUGAGGCUUGCCCUAGCCGUGACCCGAGGACCUGCAACCAAGCCAGGCCAAGCCAAGCCGUCGUGCUCAUGUCCGGGUUCCAGGUUCCAACAGGGCUGAGGGCUGAUGGCGAUCGCACCGCGGCUUGUGCUCUACCGGGCAUGCCAUCUUCCGGCCCGAUUGCCUUGCAGUUUUGUUUCCCUUCACAUAGCAAAGAAGGUCAGCCAGCUACAGUAAAUUGUGCCUUUCAAAAACCGGUACCGAACGAAAGAAGCCAAGGCCAGAUCCAGCACGCGAUAUCCGCGCGAGUAACAUUCUCGGUAACAAAAGACUACUACUACUACUACUUGCUAUGGAUCUCUACGGAGAUACAGCGAUCAAGUGUCGUAAGCCCCGUCGACCCACGGCUCUUAUGUCUAACUCACUUGGGCAAUAACGUGAUCGCUAAGCAACCGAAUUUGAAAGAUCUUCAAUUUGACAGAACUCAAUUGGGUUAG